GCUCUGCAGUACACAUUGGCCUAAACUAAAACAAUUUGUUUUUCGUUCUGCAUGUAAAAAGUACACUCUAUUCUUUGUCUUAGGUAGCAUAUGAUUUGCUAUUUAGUAUAGAAGUAUGACUGUUGGCAUAAGACACAGAUCCAACAAGCAUGGAAUCGAGAAGGUAGACGAAAAAGAAGGCGACGAGCUUUGUCGAAUGCCUUCUGGAAAACAGCACCAGGAUGACAACAAAGCAAAUGAAAAGAGUUCCAAACUGACAAGAGAUGUUGAAAGUGGCACUUACUGGUUGACGAGAGUCCUAUAUCUUCGAUAUCUUGCUUUUAUAUAUUUCAUUGCAUUUCUGGUUGCGCUUAAACAAAAUAAACAGCUCAUUGGUAAGCAAGGACUUCUCCCUGCCAACAAAUUUAUAGAGCAGAUCAAUGCCCACUUUGGAAACGAUGUCAAAGCUAGUUUUUAUGCUGUACCAUCAUUACUGAUUUUUCUUGAUAAAGAAUCAAUUGACACAUGGCUUGAUGCUAUUGCAUAUCUUGGAAUUGCAUUAUCACUGAUUGUUUUCAUUUGUGGUGGCUCUAACAUAUUAGUCAUGGUGUUACUCUGGCUACUUUAUCAUUCUUUGGUUAAUGUUGGACAAAGAUGGUAUUCAUUUGGAUGGGAGUCACAGUUGCUGGAGACGGGGUUUCUUGCAAUCAUGUUUUGUCCUCUGUUUAGUAUGCAGAAGUACCCAACAGAUACAUCACCAUCAUGGGUAGCUAUCUAUGGUAACAGAUGGCUGAUAUUCAGAAUCAUGCUUGGAGCUGGACUGAUAAAGAUAAGAGGAGACAAGUGUUGGAGAGAUUUGACAUGCAUGAAUUAUCAUUACCAGACGCAACCAGUGCCGAAUCCUGUCAGUUAUUACCUUCACCAAUCACCUGAAGUCAUCCACAAAAUCGAGACUUUAGGCAACCAUUUUGUCGAACUUGUCGCCCCUUUCCUUCUGUUUUUGCCAAGACCAUUCAGGAUUACUGGGGGCAUCAUUCAGAUACUGUUUCAGGUAAUUCUUAUCAUAAGUGGCAACCUAAGUUUUCUUAAUUGGCUCACAAUUCUUCCCAGUUUGUGCUGCUUGGAUGACAAGCUCCUGUUAGCCAUUUUUCCGUCAUCAAGAGCAAAGAGAAAUGUCCAGAACUGCCAAAUGGCUCGUGGGGCAAACGAAACUGAUCUCACAAAAUGGGGAAAAUCAGUUAGAAAAGUCUAUGAGAUUAUGAUUGCUCUUUUGAUUGGCUACUUGAGCAUCCCUGUUGUCAAGAAUCUGUUCUCCUCAAAUCAGGCAAUGAAUACGUCCUUUGAUUCGUUCAGAAUAGUCAAUACGUACGGAGCAUUUGGAAGCGUAACAAAAACACGAACCGAGGUAGUUAUUCAAGGGACCAGAAACGAAUCCAUAAUACCUGAUGAGCUGGGUGGGCGUUGGCAUGAAUACGAGUUUAAAUGUAAGCCUGGCGACGUGAAACGGAGGCCCUGUUUGAUUUCACCUUAUCAUUACCGACUUGAUUGGUUAAUGUGGUUCGCAGCAUUCCAGAACUAUCAAUAUAACCCUUGGCUGAUACAUCUCGCAGCGAAGUUGCUUGCCAACAGAAAAGAAGCCGAGUCUCUUUUGCAGCACAAUCCAUUUAAGAAUGGAAAACCACCCAGGUAUGUCAGAGCAGAGCACUACCUAUAUGAAUUUACAAAGAUUGGUAGCCAAGAGGCGGCUCGUGGUCUGUGGUGGAAGAGGAAAAAAAUUGGUGAAUAUUUCCCAAUCGUGGAUCUGGAAAGCCUAAAAAGUUACUUGAAAGCCAAUGGUUGGAAUUUACCAGCAAUCGAAGAUGGAUAAGGUAACUUAUAUCGAACUAGAAAUAUAUUUAAGUGGGUAUUUCUAUGAGGAAUAUUUUUAAAUGAUUCUUCGACCGUGAUAUACAAAAUAGCCUUUAUAUAACAAAAAUCUGUGCAACCAGUCUCACCCUUCUCCUGUAGGAUAGUAUCUUUCAUUUUCAUUCCAAUACAAACUUUAAUGAAUGUUUCUUUUGAUCAGACAUGACCUAUCAUACUAUCAUACUUUUUUUUAUCAAAAGUCAACCACCAGCAAUAUUGCUAUUUUUUCAAAAAAUACAUUUUGCAUUUCGGAACUAAGUUCAAUACGUGUUUAAAGUGAUCAUAAAAAAGCAGUAUAGCCUGUUUAAAAGAGAAACAAUUUUCGAAAAAAAUCGAUGAUUUUUCUAAGGUUAUAUAGCCUUACUUUUUGAUGAAAAAUCAACCUCCUAAAAAAUUUCCGUUUU